AUGCGUAGCUUCCGAGUUCCCAGCCACAGGACUUUGCCUCUUUCAUCCCUACGCAUGCUGCAUUCAGCCUUGGAAUCUGAGCUGGAAGCAAUGAGAUGGGCGGUCCAAAUGGUGACAAAUUUUCAUUACAAUCGAGUCAUCUUUGAAACGGAUUCAAAACAGCUCGUGGAGUUGAUAUCCAAUCAAGAUGAGUGGCCAAAUCUUCAAAGCACGAGCACAAGACAUAAACCACAUGCUCAGGAAGACACAAGCAAGUCAGGUAGCUUUCCGGUCAAGAGAUUGUAA